AUGAAAGUUGAGGCCGUCUCCGCAGAAAGCAUCAAGCCUUCCUCUCCGACUCCAUCUCACCACAGGGAGUUCAAGUUCUGCCUCCUUGACCAGCUGGCUCCUCCGUUUUACGUUCCAGCCAUCCUGUUCUACUCAGCUCCCGAUGACAAGGCAGCGCUGGACUCUGCCUCGGUGACAGGAAACUUGAAAACUUCGCUCUCGCAGCUGCAGAAAUUCCUUCCAUUCUCUCCAUACAGAGUCAUUCCCAACAUUGAGGAACAAGUCAUUGUAGGGGUCCAAUUUACUUUCUUCAACUGUGGUGGUAUCGCGAUCGGCAUUUGUAUCUCUCACAAGAUUGCCGACGGUGCAUCAGUCUCAGCUUUCCUCGCUGCAUGGUCUGAAAUUGCCAUAAAUGGUGUCGACGGCAAAGCCAACCUCAAGACUCCCUUCUUGAAAGCAUCUGAGAUAUUCCCACCAAAGGACAUAAACUUCAAAAUGCCAUCUGGGGUCAUCAGCAGAGAGAAGAUUUUGACCAAGAUGUUUCGUUUCGAUGGCGAGAGCUUGGGCCGUCUCAGGGCCAGGUUUGGCAGUACUGCCCCUACACGCGUUGAGGCCGUGACUGCCCUCAUCUGGAAAUCUGCCGUGGAGGCUGCGAGGAAGAGGUCAGACUGGACCAAGAAGUAUCCCCCAUCAUCAGCAGUGACACAUGUGGUGAACAUCAGAAGCAGGAUAAGGUCCCAACCAUUGCCUGAGAAUGCCUUGGGCAAUCUGUGGCAGUCCAUUGUGGCACCACUCAUGGAACCAAACAAGGAAGCUGAAUUGCAGGACUUUGCAGGAAUUAUCAGGAAAUCAAUAAGUUCAAUUGACAGUGAAUAUUUGAGUGCGCUUCGAGGCGAGAAUGGAUUGGCCAAGGCCUGCGAGAACCUCACGGCAGCACGGAGGCUGGCGGCAGCGUCUGCAGGAGAGAUCGAGCUCUACAGGUUCAGCAGCUGGGCGAGGUUCCCGUUCUACGAGGCAGAUUUUGGCUGGGAAGGCCUGCUUGGGUGUGCACCACCAGUGUUCCCAUGA